AUGAUUUUAUUAAAAAGUUUAAUAAAUAAAUCAUCAUUAUCAUCACCAUCAUUUAAGAGUAUUAAUAAAUCAUUAACAUUCAAAAAUAUCAAUAAUUAUUAUACAACCACCACUACAACAACAAGUUUAAAUUUAAAGAGUAAUAUAUUAUUUAAUAAUAGUGACAAUAAAAUGAGCAUUGACAAUAAAGAAAAAAUCCGUGCAGGUUUAGAAGAUCUCAUGAAGAGAAGAUUCUUCAUUACUCAAUCUUUUUCAAUCUAUGGUGGUCAAGCUGGUCUUUACGAUUAUGGUCCACCAGGUUGUGCCGUCAAAGCAAACCUUAUCAACCUUUGGAGACAACAUUUCGUUUUAAAUGAAGAUAUGUCCGAAGUUGAUUGUGUUUCUGUAACACCAGAACAAGUUUUAAAAGCAUCAGGACAUGUUGCAAAAUUUGCAGAUUUUAUGGUUAAAGAUGAAGUCACAAAAGCAUUUUUUAGAGCAGAUCAUAUUUUAGAAGCACAUAUUCAAACAUUAUUAAAGGAUACAAGUAAAAUGAGUAAAGAACAAAUUGAAGAAUUAAAUUUUGUAUUGGCUAAAGCAGGUGAUUACAAUCAAGAACAAUUGAAAGAAUCAUUGAUCAAAUAUAAUGUUAAAGCACCAGAGACUGGUAAUGCAUUAACAGAACCAUAUCCAUUCAAUUUAAUGUUCCAAACUCAAAUUGGACCAUCAGGUUUAUCAACUGGUUACCUUCGUCCAGAGACAGCACAAGGUAUUUUCACCAAUUUCGGUAAACUCUAUGAGUAUAAUGGUAAAAAGUUACCAUUUGCCGCCGCACAAAUUGGUAAUGCCUUUAGAAAUGAAAUUGCACCACGUGCUGGUUUACUUCGUGUAAGAGAGUUUACAAUGGCCGAGAUUGAGCAUUUCGUCAAUCCAAACAAUAAAACUCACCCAAAAUUCAAUGAGAUCAAAGAUGUUGAAGCUAAUCUCCUUUCAUCAGAUUCUCAAGAUAAAACUAGUGAAAUCCAAGUUUGCACCUUUGGUGAAGCCGUCGAAAAGAAACUCAUUGACAAUGAGACACUCGCUUACUUUAUGGCUCGUACUCAACAAUUCCUUCACACCGUUGGUAUCAAACCAGCUGGUCUUCGUUUCAGACAACAUCAAAAGAAUGAAAUGGCUCAUUAUGCUCAAGAUUGUUGGGAUGCUGAAAUCCUCUCUUCCUAUGGUUGGGUUGAAUGUGUAGGUCAUGCCGAUCGUUCAUGUUAUGAUCUUAAAGUUCAUGCCACUGAAUCCAAAUCAAAUCUCUCUGCCUACGAGGAAUUCAAAGAACCACAAUUUGUUGACAUUGCAAAGGUUGUCGUUAAUCCAGGUGCAAUCUCAAAGAAACAUAGAGCUGCCGUUUCACCAAUUAAGAAAUACUUGACCGAACUCAAAGAUGAUCUCGCCAAAGCAUUGGAAAUCCAAGAAACAAUCACCAAGGAUGGCUCAUACAAUUUAGUGUUGGAUGGUAAUACCUACGAUAUCACCGCCGAUAUGGUCACCAUUAGUAAAGCUCAAGAAAAGAAGAAUGGUCAUACCUUCUUCCCACAUGUCAUUGAACCAUCAUUUGGUUUGGGUCGUAUCAUUUACUCAAUUCUCGAACAAAACUAUUACACCAGAGAAAAUGAUGAACAAAGAGGUGUACUCUCUUUACCAGCUAUCAUCGCUCCAGUUAAAGCCUCUAUCCUUCCUUUAACCUCUUCCGAUCGUAUCGCUCCAUUUGUUCAAACCAUUUCAAAGGCACUCAAAGAAGCAAACAUCUCAACUAAAGUUGAUGACACUGGUAAUGCCAUUGGUAGAAAAUACGCUCGUACCGAUGAAAUUGGUGUUCCAUUUGGUGUCACCAUCGAUUUCCAAACUGUUGAAGAUAACACUGUCACUCUUCGUGAACGUGAUACCACUAAACAAGUUCGUAUUCCAAUCUCUGAAUUAGCAUCAACUCUUAGAAAACUUUGUGAUUUAACUGUUAGUUGGUCUGAUAUUUUAAAAACUUUCCCAAUUUAUGAAGGUCAAUCAGAAUAA